AUGUCGGACAACAAUCAAGAGGAAAUCCAAGCGCUGGAAGAGCGAUUUAAAUCUGCUCUAUGGCUCGCUAUCGGCAAAAUUGUCGAUGAAGAAACCAUGCAAUUAGGCGUCAAUGCUACCCCCCAAUUUAUCGGAGCGUUGACGGAGAUGCUAGCUCACAUUCUUCGCAUGGAUACAGAAUCAGUCAGCCAGGACUUGGAAGCAUUCGCCAAACACGCCGGCCGAUCUACAAUCAACAUCAAUGAUGUGAUGCUUCUAGCGCGACGCAAUGAAGGUCUAGAAUCCAUACUAAAAGCUUUCGUUGAUCAGCAGAAAGAAGCGGCCCAGCAAGGAUCACAAGCCGAGGACAGCGAUUGA